CCAAUUUCGCUUGCCUUAUAAAAGCCAUCUUCACCACACCCUUUGUUCUGUGAGAAAUACACAGAUAAAUAUAUCCAGGAGAUCGAAGAAAGAAGAAGCAAAAAGAGAGACUAAGUUUUGAUUGUUGAAGGCAGAAUAAUAUUUUUUAUAUAUACAAAUGAUGUACCAUCAUCAGCAGCAGCACCAACACCAACACCAACACCAAGGAAAGAAGAUCAUCCACUCUGCUUCUUCAAGCAGAAUGUCGAUGCCUAACAUCCCUUCUGAAAGGCAUUUGUUUCUACAGCAAGGUGACCAAAAUAGCCCUGCAGGAGAUUCAGGCCUUGUCCUCUCAACCGAUGCCAAGCCUAGACUCAAAUGGACCCCCGAUCUCCACGAGCGAUUUAUCGAGGCAGUUAACCAGCUUGGAGGAGCAGAUAAGGCUACUCCAAAAACGGUUAUGAAACUUAUGGGGAUUCCCGGCCUGACAUUAUACCACUUAAAGAGUCAUCUUCAGAAGUACAGGCUUAGCAAGAAUCUGCAUGGAGGGCACGUUACUAGUAGCCUCACCAAAAUUGGUCCAGUUCCAGUUUCAGUGGCAGGAGAAAGAUUAAUAUCUGAAGCAAAUGGAAGUCAGAUGAACACUAUGAGCACUGGCAUUGCACCCCAAUCAAACAAAGGCUUACAUAUAACUGAAACACUAGAGAUGCAAAUUGAAGUCCAGAGAAGGCUACAUGAGCAACUUGAGGUUCAGCGGCACUUGCAACUUCGUAUAGAGUCUCAAGGAAAAUACCUGCAGUCUGUGCUGGAGAAAGCCCAGGAGACGCUAGGACGACAAAACUUAGGUACAGUAGGACUUGAAGCUGCCCAAGUUCAACUCUCUGAGCUUGUGUCCAAAGUAUCCACCCAAUGCUUGAACUCUUCCUUCACAGAGCUCAAAGAAUUACAGGGAUUGUGCCCUCAGCAAACGCAAACGAACCAGCAGCCCACCGAUUGCUCAAUGGACAGCUGCCUAACUUUUUGUGAAGGAUCGAAAAAGGACCAAGAUCAGAUACACAGCAGUGGAGUGCCUCUAAGACCAAAUUACAAAGGCAGGGUGACAGCAGUCCUGGAACAAAAAGAUACAGAACGAGCGCAGCCGCCUAUGCUCCAAAACACUAGUCAACUUAAUUGGUGUGAAGAUAUGGAGGACAAUAACAUGUUUAUUUCCUCCAUAAGUAAAGAUGCAGAAAAAAGAAUGUUCCCUGCUGCAGAAACAAGGUCUAGUGACUUAUCCAUGAGCAUUGGACUACAAGGAGAAAGAUGGAAUCUCGAUAGCAAGGGAAGAGACUCAGAUGGCAGCUUUUUAGAACGAACAAACAGCAGCAGGUCCGAUUCAGCUAAAGUCAAGGGUGCGAAAGUUUCUCAAGGAUACAGAUCAGUGCCUUACUUUGUAGCAAAGCUAGACCUAAAUGCUCAUGAUGAUAAUGAUGCUUCUUCAAGUUGCAGACAGUUUGACUUGAAUGGCUUCAGCUGGAGCUAAGUAGGCUUACAGUGGGUGAAUCAAAGGGAUAAAAACACUGCAAUUUCAGCUUCAUACCAAAGGAUAGACAGAGCAUGAUAGCGUGCUGCAAACGUAUUGUUCAAUCGAGCUAUUAAUUUAGAUCAAUUACAUAACAAGUAGCUCAGGCAAGCAGGAUGUAAUAUCUUUUUAUAUAUGAUUGAGAGUUCCAGGACUAGAAA